AUUAAAUUAAAAAAGAUUUUAAUUUUUUCUUUAAACAAUCAUGGCUAGAGGACCUAAGAAACAUAUGAAAAGAAUCACAGCACCAAAAAGUUGGAUGCUUUCAAAGUUGGGAGGAAAUUGGACCACAAGACCCUCAUAAGGACCUCAUAAGUUGAGAGAAUCAAUUCCAUUGUCUGUUAUAUUGCAACAAAAAUUGAAAUAUGCUCUCUAUGCUAGAGAAGUCUAAAUGAUUCUUGCUGAUAAGGAUGGCAAUGUUAAAGUUGAUGGAAAAGUGAGAUCUGACUUCGGAUACCCAGUUGGAUUGUUGGACGUUAUUACCAUCGACAAGACAAGAGAGAGUUAUAGAGUGUUGUAUGAUGUCUAAGGAAAAUUCAUUUUAAAAUCCAUCAAACCAGAUGAAGCUAAGUUCAAGCUAGUCAAGGUUACUUAAAAGAAGGUUGGACCAAACAAUGUUCCCUACAUUGUUACCAACGAUGCCAGAACAAUCAGAUAUCCAAAUCCAGAAAUUCAUAUUAAUGACACUCUCAAAAUCGAUUUGGAAACCGGCAAGGUCGUUGAUUUCAUCAAGGAAGAACCAGGAAAUAUUUGCUACAUUGUCGGAGGAAACAACAUUGGAAGAGUUGGACUCAUUCAACAUAGAGAGAGACAUCUUGGAUCUUUCGAUAUUGUUCAUGUCAAGGAUUCAAAUGGAAAACACUUUUCCACCAGAAUUAACAACAUCUUCACUAUUGGUAAAGGAAAGAAACCCUUAAUUUCACUCCCAGAUGAUAAUGGUUUGUAUUUGACUGCUCUUGAAAAGAAAUAAGCCAGAGAACAUCAUGAAGAGAAAUAAAAAUAAUGAUAUUUUAAAAGUAUAGUACAUAUUUACGAACAAAAUAGAUAAUUAUGAAUU